ACAAUCAGUCACUCUUGUUUGCAGUGUAGAUUGUUUCGCGCUAGAUUUUCCUUAUUUUGAGAAAAGCCAUUCAGCACUUGGCCUCAAUCCUCGUAACCCUCGAACGGCUAGUUGGAGGUGACUAUUUAUUGAAUAUGAAGCUUCAAUCCUGUGUUUCGGCGGGCUGGCUUGCCUUGGUGGUGACGCAAGCCAACUUCCCUGUAGCACUCAAUAGCACGUUUGGGAUCACUGGAUCUCGAAAUAUCCGUAUUGAUACAGGAACGUAUGGUCCACCAGUUGAAGAAGUCCAUUACUUCUAUGACCAAUGGCCGAUUGGACUUGCUGUAUCUAAAACUGGCAGGAUUUUCACUUGCUACACGCGAGGAACAUAUGCGUACACUUUAGGCGAAGUGGUCAAUGAAACAGCCGAAGCUGCUUAUCCCAACUUGGAAUGGAAUACGCCCCUUCAGGGACUUUACACUUCUAGCAACGGCAUUACAUUUGGGUCCAACGACGCAAGCCAUUUCGUUAGUGUACAAGCGCUAUAUGUAACCCCAGAUGACACGCUGUGGGUUCUCGACACGGGGCGUCCAACCAUCAAUCAGUCACAAAGAAUCAGUAUGCCAUACGCCAUACCAGGCGGCCCAAAGUUGGUGGCUGUAAAUCUGACUACGAAUAGCAUCAGCAAGACAUACACAUUACCUGAGACGGUUCAUUACCCAGAUUCUUAUAUGAAUGAUUUGCGAUUCGAUCUCAGACCAAACGCCACUGAGUCGGGCGGCGGUAUCGCAUACAUCGUCGAUAGUAGUAAUGAAGGGAGAAACGGAUUUAUCAUGAUCGACCUAGCGACGGGAGAAAGUUGGCGGCAGCUGAACCAACAUCCCAGCACUCAAGUCGUGCCUGAGGAUGUGCCCAGUUAUCAGGGAAUACCAUUUUACUUGCGACAGAACGGACAUCCGCUAGGGUUUCAAGAAGAGGGUCUUGAUGGCGCUGAGUUAGACCAAUACGGCGAGGUCAUGUACUACUCAGCACUAACAACGGAUUAUCUGUACUCGAUAGAGACUAAAUACCUGCGAAUUAACCCCAAUAGCAAUCCGCUGGCAAACAAAGACGCAUCUGACAACGUCAGGAACCUGGGGCAGAGGGGCGGCAAUGCUAAUGGCUUUACGGGCGACAGCCUUGGUAAUGUCUACAUGCUGAUGCCGGAGCAUAAUGCUAUAUAUUCCUACAACUAUUCAACCCGAACCACAUUACCGUACAUUCGAGACCCACGCAUAGUGUGGCCGGACAGCGCGAACGUAGGCUGGGACGGAUAUGUCUACUUCACGAUAAACCAAUUGCCGUAUCAACCCGAUUGGAACAACGGUGUGGAUGGACGUGUCCAUCCAGGAUUGAUACUGCGAUCAAAAUUACCGGAUGGUGCCAGUAAAAAUGUAUUAUUAAUGUAAUUCGUUGUAAUGGGGUGUGUACACUAGGUGCUGCUGUCUAACACAGAGCCCUUGGAUGCUCUAAUUCAGCACCUUCAUUCCCCCAUCCUGGAUUAUUCGAGUCCGUUGACUUAAUUCGU